AUGCCUCUGUCCGAUUUCCAGAUACCCGAUACCGUUAAGGGCCUGAAAGCGGCUCUUAGCAACGUCGAUGAAGAGGAACACGAACAAGCCCGCUUAGCAAGUGAUGAUUUACGGUUGCUGGGCGCGAAACGUCUUGCCAUACGCACUUAUAGACUCUUGUUGUCGAAGAGAGACCAGCAGUGUCGAGAGGCUAUACAGGAGCUGCCAAACGCGGUUCUGGAGAAACUACCACGUGAGCUCCGGGACAUGAUCUACACGGAGCUAUACCGCGGAGAGCUAUACCACGGAAGUCAGGACGAACCGUACGAGAUUGUCGACAACAACUCCAAGCAUCCCCACGACUCCUUGUAUGAGUUUGUACCUAUGAUCAAAGCAUAUGAGCCGCCAUACUGGAUGCUGGAAGAAGAGGUCGGCCCUGAAUUUGCGCGCGAAGCUGUAGAAGUCUGGUAUAAGAGCGCUUAUCUCUCGGUCGAUAUAAAGCUCCUGCAGCCACUAUUGCAAGACGACGAUGGGGUCCUAUAUGACAGCUGGUCACCCUCGAUAUGUCGGUCCCUCUCUACCUUGCUGGAAGAACAAAGUGUUGCACGGAAGGAGGGGUUCAAACUGCACAUUGCCUUUCAUUGGGAUGUAUCCGACAACUGGCCCGAGUACCUCAAGGCAAUCUGCCCGGUGGUCUAUCGUCUGAAGACCCAAGGCUUCCUGGUUUCAAGUACCCAAGCUUAUGGCAAUCGCACAUAUGGACCAUGCGCUCGACCAGGCUGUGAGUGCGACCAGUGGACAGCUGGAGGCCCUAUUAGGUGGUACAUUAGCGACAUUGGUGAUUGGUUCGACUGCUCAGAAGAGGAGUGUAUGAAGAGGAUAGAAGAACAGAAAGAAAGGCGUCGGGGAUGA